CGAGGUAAGAGAUUUUUUCCAGUGAUGUCAUAAAUUAUUAUUUAUUCAAAUUUGUUUAUACAAUAAAACAGCAUAAAAAAACGUAUUCAACUAUGUAAUAUACUACAUUUUUUAGAAGAAUGUUUGAUCAUGUUGUGAAGAAUUAUUGCUAAAAUGGCAGACAGAACAAUGGUGGGAGGCAUUCCGGUUGAAUGUUUAACUGGAGAACCUGCAGUAAUUUGGUCUGGUUGGCGUUCAUUGGGAGACAGAGAACUUGUCAGGGAAGCAUCUGCAAAAGGCACACAUAUUAGUCUUGCAUACAAGUGUUUAGCUUAUAGACGAAAUUGCUCUAUUAAUGAUGCUCAACAUUAUUUCAAUAAAGAAGUGGAAAUUUGGAUUACCGAACUUUUGAAUAAACACCAAAUUUUCAGGGCUUCUCAUGUUCUGCAAAAUAUGGGAAAAAAUCCAGUGGAAUAUAUAUAUCAAGUAUGUAUGAACUGUAAGGAAUCCAUGUUAAGGAAUUAUUUAUCAGAAUAUUUAAUAAGCAUUGCACGUUUUGAAAAUGACCACAUAGAUUCAUGGAACAUAUUAAAGAAUAUUAUACAAUACGAACAAAAAUACAUGAUAAACGAUGGUUUAAGCUCUUCUGUCUGUAUAACAGAUAUUAUAAAAUUACCUGGAAAUAUAAAGCAAGCAUUAUGCACAGAAUUGUAUUUUUCUAUAACUGAACAAAAUCUCUUAAAAAAUAUAACUAAUAUCGUGCUAUGGGACUAUUUGCUAUCAAAUAAUGAAAUUGAAAUGAUAAAGUUUUGGAUAGAUACUUACUAUAAUGAAAAUGCUGUAGAGGAGUCAAAUGACAUUUAUGAAAAAUAUAAAUUCUUGUUUACUACCAUGGAUAUCAUACCAGACAUGAUCGAUGCCAUUGAUUCUUCAAAUGCAACUAAUCUUGUGAAAGAUUUAAUUAAAAAUCAUCUAUGUAGGUAUGGAAUAUUUGUACAGAGAGAAAAACAGGAUAUAAAGUUAAUAUUAGCGCGCAUCUUCGGCAGUGCAAUAACGCUAUCAGAAUUUAACACAAUACUGUUACAUAGAACAUGCAAUAUUAAUAAAACAGAUUUUGUUCAAAUUAUUGAUAAGGAACUGUGCAUUGCACGUUGCUUGACUGAAAAACACACGGAAGAAGAUGAAUUUAAACUUUUGGAGUUAUUUGAUAUAUUAAAACAGAUGUGUGAAAGUCAAGAGCACGUUGAAGAUGUAUUGAUAGAAGGAAUUUUCAAAACAAUUCAUUAUCUUUCCGACGAUAUAAAUGAAUUUUUAAAACAAAAUUAUUUAAUAGUUUUAGUAUUAAUAUUUUCUUAUUUAUCGAAAGAAAAUAUAGCAAAUAAUAAAAACGAGAAUAUAUUAAAAAAUAUAUUCACGAGUGAAAAUGAUUUGCAAUUGGGCGCUUAUAGCAUUUCGAACGAAGUUCUUCAAAAUACAUUAAGGCAUGUUCCGAUUCUUAAAAAUAUUAUAGAAAAUAAACCAAAGAAAGAGAUUACGAUGUAUCAAUUAUUGGAUGGCUACAAAAAUUUAAAUGUAGAGCAAUUGUUUAAGUGGCGGUUUAAUAACGAAGAAAUGCCUCACUUUUCUGACGAAACUCUUAUUAAAAAAUAUGGACAUACCGAAGCACUAACAUACGAAUAUUACUUGAAAGAAGCUCGUCCAAAUAUGGCUAUAUUAAGCUUGAAGCAUUCCCAAAGAAAAUUAGUUAAAAGUGUAUCUUCAAGAAGAAAACGUAAAGCAGUUUUUUAUGCGUACAUUUUUGCCCUACGAAAUUUAGAUAAACCGGAAAUACUUUGUAGUUGCGUUUCUUUCAUUGAAAUGUUAGAUAUGAAUUCAGAUAUAUUAAAACUUCAUAUAACGGCGGCAAACUAUGUGCAAAAAGAGAUAAAUGUUCCUAUUGGACAUUUGUUGGAAAAUGAACUAUACAAAGAUGUGAAUGAUGUAAAGACUUUAAUGUCUUAUCUCGAAAGUAGCUUCCAAAAAAAUUUGAAUGAACAUCUAAUCGAGGAUAGUAAACAAUUUAUAAACGUACUGAAAACGUGGGACGUUAUUGUGCGAUUUGCAAAGAUACACAAUUAUUUUUUGCCAACCAGCCUAUUGAAAUUUUUAGCAAACCAAAAUCACUGGUUUGAAUUUAUCCUAGUUUCUCAAAUUUUUUCAUAUCCCCUGGAUCAGGUAUUAAAAAAUACUAAACACUUUGAAGAUGCAAUUAUAAGAGAUCACUUGCUAACUUGUUUAAAUAAUACACAAUUUCUAAAAUCACAAUCAGUUAUACACGGUGAUCAAAAAAUAAAAUCACGCGAUGUUAGACAAUCAUUAUAUUACAAGAUUGGAGUUAACCAAAAUGAAUUUCCUUCUUCUGGCUCACAUACAUCAGCAGAUUCAGGGAGCAUUGAUUCUUGUAGUAUAUAUGAAUAUCCCAUAAACGACAGUAUUUGUUCUCUGAACGACGAUUUAUGGUUAAUUAUUCUAAAAUGUCAUCAAAGCCCAGAUCCACCUGGUGCACUGAUCAAUGCCUCCCAGCUUACAUCGAGACCUUUUCUCGCGGUUUUAGCAACUUGUUAUGAGCCAUCUGCAAUAGCAGCAUAUGCUUAUUCAUGGAUGGUAAUAUCUGCUUCGGACAAAAAUAUCACUUCUGACUACAAAGAAUGUUUAGAACAACAAAUAUGGACAGCUAAUCAAGUCUUGAACUUGUUAGAUAGAAUGGUGAUAUGUGGUUACAUUGGUAUCCUCAAUAAAGCUUGUAAAAUUUUUAUGCCUGAGUGUCCUUUUAAUUCAUUUUUCGAAUUCCUUGCACAAUGCACAAAUUAUGGAGACUUUAAAGACAGUCAGGAAAAUUUGUUGGAAUUCAAUACACGAUGUUUAAACCUCAAACGUAAUAAAGUUAUGGAUUGGGAUUGUUCGGACAACACGUACAUGGAAAAUUUACAUUGGGUUGCAAUUGUUGCUAUUAAAUGUAUCAUUGCAACACUUGCUUAUGGCUUAAGGAGUACGCAUUCACAAAUAAAAUUUCUCGAAACUUUAAUAACAUGUAAUUUUUACGAAGAUUUUCCAGUUUACGUCCCGAAUUUUCAACAUCUUUUACAAAUUAUAAAGAUUCUUCAAGAAACUACAGUUACAUUAAACUUCACGGCUAUUACGAUGUCAAAUAAUGUAUAUAAUUUUGAUCUAGAAAUUCAGAGAUGUGUCGAUGAUUUAUUAAACAUUAAAAAUUAUAACAGUGCAUUAGAAUUAUCAAAUGUGGCAGGCUUAAAUUCAUCUGACAUUAUUUUAGCUCAGUAUCGGAAUCAAUUUAAAUAUUGUAUGCAGCAAAAUGACAAAAUUAAAAAUGAAUUUUGGAACGAGUGUGCGAUGAAUUUUAAGAAAUACAACGUUUCGUGUGAAAAAACUGUAGAAUUUUUUAUUGAACAUGCCGAAAAGGUUGUUUCUCAUAAAGAAAGAUAUGAAAUAUUGCACUUAGUUUUUGAAAUACUCAAAAAUGUGGAAACAGAACAGGAGAUUAUUAACAAAAUAGAAGUGGCGAUGUGGAAAUCGUGUAUAUUAGCUGGUUCUGAAAAUGUACAGUUAAACGGUGGACCUUCGAUUUUUAAUAAAUUAAAAACAGAACUAUUGUCAGAAUUAAAUACAGUGAAAUUUAGCUGUACAUUAAAUUAUUCUUAUCAAAAGAAUGCAGCUGAAAAUUUGAUUAACAAAUUAAUUGAUUUAGGUAAAUUGGAUAUAGCAUUGAGAAUUAGAACCAUUUUUAAUUGCAAACAUAGGGAUUUACAAAUUCUAAUGUUAUGUUUGAGCUUGGCAGAAGGUGAAAUUAUACCGUGUGAAUUAACUUCCGAAGAAAAAAUUCUUUUAAAAGAACUAAAUGAUAGCAAACAACCAAUGUACGGUGCCUUUAAAAAUCGCGGGUUGCAAAGAUUGUCGUCGUCGACUUCAUUAAUCACUUUAACCAACAUAAAUGAAACGUAUAAAAUGAAAGACGAAAAUGUACACAAAGUUCAAAUGGAAUGCUUGUCAAUAUUGCAAAAAUUACACAAAACCUUGAAACAUGGAGCGGACAUAUGUUUGAGAAUAGUAUUAUGUUAUAAAUUGGCAGUACAAUUAGGAAAAAGUUACCAUUUCUUAUUAAUGUUGAACGAUCCUUUCCAAUUUUUACAAGAAAUCGCGGAAAGCAAUGUCGAUAAUAAAUGCGAAAUUUUGAAUGAUAUAAUUAUUGCAUAUAAAAUAAACAAUGAUAGUGUUGCAACAUUCUUGACUGAAAAUAUUACGAUAAAUGUUACACUCGCCAUAGAAGGCGGAUACGAUAAUAAUAUUUCUUUGUGGGGAUAUUCUUUAAAUACUAAUUUCCGAAUAAUUAUGGAAUUGUGCAAUGAUGUCUCGCUUCUUGGAUGGCAGCUGUUAAAAACAGCAAAUAACUUACUUGGACAAUCUCACGGUGAAAACAAAACCGUGUCAACUUUAAAAACAACCGUAGAAUUAUUAAUUCGAUCGCACGAUUGUUUUACAACUUCUUGCAAUAUGGAGGGUAUAGCGUCAAUUCUACGUAAAUGUCAAAAUCUUGCAAAUGUUUUGCAAAAUCAUAAGUUGUGGGCGUUAUUGGUCCGACUUGUAACAGGUGUCGGUCGUUUUACCGAAAUGAAUUACAUAUUUCACAUAUUAAAAAAUAAUGAUCAGUUCGAAUAUUUGCUUGGGCAAGGAUUGGAUAAGGUGAUGGGUUUAAAAAUGGCAUUACUGGAAUUUUUAAAACACCACUGCCCUGAAAACAGGGAUCUUUUUACUUUAGUUGCAUUACAUUUUCAAUUGUAUCAUGAAAUGGCAUUUAUGUGGGAAAAUGAAGCAAAGGAUGUACUUAAAACAUUAAUAUCAGAUGCAAUAAAAGUUCCUGGAAAACUGCAUUUUACUACACAACGUGAAAUGAAAUUUUAUAAAUCCGAGAAUGUUCAGAAACAGUUGCAAUUAGCCAUAAAUAAUUUUACUCAUGCAACACAAUACUAUUUGCAGGCUAAUGAACUAAAUCUUGCUGGUCAAUGUUCUGAUCAGACACAAUUGGUUGGCCUUCAACUUUCACUUCUUAAUACAGCAGUAUCUAAUAAUCAACAAGUAAUCUCCAUACUUAAUUUAAAGUCUGAAGAUGUUGACAGAAUAUUGUCUCAUACUUUAAAUUUCUCUCAAGCUCUAAUUGUUAUACAAGCUUACAAUCACCAUGUGGAUUGGGCUUGUCUGAUAUAUAAUCAUAGUAUAUUAAAUGGACAAACAAAAUAUUUAAAGGAUUUCUUAGCUGUGAAAAAACUAACUCCCAGUCUGGUAGAAGAUUGUGCACGUAGGUACAGAUUGGAAAAAAACAUCACUCAUACAAUGAUGGACAAUAUGAAAACAUUAGUGUCUGAAUUAUCAGAUGUGGAAUGUAAAUACAUGUUAGCAAGUCAAUUAGGGUUUAAAAAUAUUAUAGAAACAAUGCUCAAUGAUCCCAUGAUAGGCGCAUAUCUUAAAGAUACUGUAUGGAAAAAGGGCUAUAAUACCAACUAAAUUGUUCACAUUCUUAACCCCAUAUACUUAUCAAAAACACUUGAGUAAUUUAUUCGUAAAAAAUAAGUGUUGUAAGUGUAUGUUUUCAUUAGUACUUUUCUAUAAAUAAAUAUUUUUGUAUAUUAUUCUUCAAUUAAUUUAUAUUUAAAGUUAUGACAAAUAUUACUUUCACGUACAUACCCAUAUACCCACUAUCAUUUAUUUGACAAGAGAAAUCGUGUCUUGAACUUCAUACUCUGUAUGAAAUAACCGACUUCAAG